UUAAAAUGGCGGACGACAUCGCGGAGAAAUUAACCGCCAAGGUCCUGAAAAAGCCACCACUGUUUGACAAGUCAACCCCUCUUUUCAAGGAUACUUUAAAGAAAAUUUAUACAUGGAAAACAGUCGGUCAUACCCUCGGAAUAAAUGGUGUUAUAGUGUGAUAAGUCAAACAACACCAGUGUGAUAAGAACAUAGUGAAGGAUUCACGUGUGACUCGACCUCCAGGUUCAAACUGAAAUAAUGCAGGCUCUUCAGGUUCUGUCUCUGACUCUGCUGUCUGUGCUGGCGGUCAGCGCUCAAUCCAUCGGAUCUGGAAAAUGCCCAAAGCCUCCUGUUCAGCAAAACUUUGAUCCUACUAGGUACAUGGGCAGAUGGCACGAGAUCAUGAAGAUUCCAGCGCCGUUCCAGUUGGGAGAGUGCUGCCAGGCCACUUACACUCUGAGUGACGGCAUUGUCCUGGUUCGAAACGAUGAGCUUCUUGCUAAUGGCACUAUCAGCUUCAUUGAGGGAACUGCCAAGAUUGUAGAUGCAUCAGAGCCUGCCAAACUUGAAGUCAGCUUCUUUGAAUAUGCUCCUCCUGCCCCCUACUGGGUGCUGGCUACCAAUUAUGAUGACUACACUCUGGUUUACUCGUGCUCUGAGUUCGCCGGUCUCUUUCACUCAGAGUUUUCCUGGAUCAUGAGCAGGACCCGCACACUUCCUAAGGAGACCAUCUCUGAGCUGUUAGACAUCCUCAAAUCCCACGGCAUCGGUACUGAUGUUUUUACUGAGACCGACCAGAGACCGGAACUGUGCAGCGGCAUGCCUUAAUGUACCUGCCUUGAAUAAUGAGCUACUGAGAGAGGUGUUGUGGUCUAAUUACGUUUUAAAAAGACCUAACAUUUAUAUUGUUGGUUUUUUUUUAAACGUAAUAUUCCAACAACAUGUUCUUAAUCAGUGGUCCGUGGCACAACAAUGUGAAUAAAUCAUAGGUCGCAAUGUAAACUAAAGCUUUUAGUUUAAUUCUAUUUAUGCAUUGCUGAUGUCAAUUUUCUUUCUUUAAACAGCUGAAUGUUGUCUAUGUAAUAUCUACUGUGAUCAAUCAAAGACUUUGGAUCAAACUUUGAAUAAAGGACAAAAUAUCAAA